GUUACUUACACAUUCUCUCUACUUCUCCACUCAAGGAAAGACAAUCAACAUGGUUCAAGAAAAUGGAGCAAAUCCAACGAUUAAACCAACUAAUGGACAUGUAUUUGAGGUUCAAGAAAAUGGAACAACCAAGUCAAUGAAAUUGUGCAAUGGAAAGGGUCAAGAAAAUAGAGCAAACAACGGGCAUACAUUUGAGCUAAAAGUGAAGCAAGUAGGUGAACCAACAAUUGUUCAACCUUUUAAGAAGACACCAAAAGGUUUAUACUUUCUAUCAAAUUUAGACCAAAAUAUAGCAGUAAGUGUGCGUACAAUUUAUUGCUUCAUGUCAAAAGAAGAAAAGGGAAAUGAGUUUGCUCCAAAAGUGUUAAAAGAUGCACUUUCUAAGGUGUUGGUUCAUUACUACCCAUUGGCUGGACGGCUAACUAUUAGCCCACAAGGGAAGCUCAUCAUCAACUGCGACGGAGAAACUGACGGCGCGGUGUUCGUUGAGGCGGAGGCUGAUUGUGACAUGGAUGAGAUUGGUGAUACUACUAAGCCUCAUCUUCUUACAAUUGGAAACCUCGUUUAUGAAUUCCCUGCUGCUAAAAACUUGCUUGAUAUUCCUCCUCUUAUUGCUCAGGUGACAAAAUUUAAGUGUGGAGGAUUCGCACUAGGGCUGUGCGUGAAUCAUUGCAUGUUUGAUGGAAUUGCAGCCAUGGAAUUCGUUAACUCAUGGGGUGAAAUUGCACGGGGUUUGACCCCAAACACUACCCCGUUUCUAGACCGAACAAUCCUAAAAGCACGCGACCCUCCAAAGGUGGAGUUCCAACACCAAGAAUUCGACGAAAUCCAAGACAUUUCUGGCAGUGUGCCCACCAAUCAAUACCGAGAGGAAAUGCAAUAUCGAUCCUUCUGCUUCGAAGCGAAACACUUGGAAAGGCUUAAGGCGAAGGCGAUACAAGACGGAAACCUAAAGAAAUGCACUUCGUUUGAAGCACUCUCUGCAUUUGUCUGGAGGGCAAGAACCAAAGCACUUCAAAUGAAACUAAAUCAAAAGACAAAGUUGUUGUUUGCAGUUGAUGGAAGAUCCAAAUUUAAGCCUACAUUACCAAAAGGGUAUUUUGGAAAUGGAAUUGUAUUAACUAAUUCAAUUUGUCAUGCCGGUGAGUUAAUCGAAAAUAAUCUCUGCUACGGAGUACACUUAGUCCAAAAUGCCAUUAAGAUGGUUACGGAUAAUUAUAUGAGGUCGGCUAUUGAUUACUUUGAAAUGACGAGGGCAAGACCAUCUUUAAGCUCCACUCUUUUGAUUACAACAUGGUCAAGACUGUCUUUCCAUACAACUGAUUUCGGAUGGGGAGAACCUGUUUUAACUGCCCCUGUUGCGUUACCUGAUAAACAAGCUGUUUUGUUUUUGGCUCAUGGAAAUGACACCAAAUCUAUCAAUGUGCUCGUAGGCUUGCCUGCUUUUGCCAUGGAAUCUUUUCAAGAACAAAUUAAAGAGAUCUAGUUUUUUUUUUUUUUUUUUUUUUUUUUUUUUGUCUAAUUUCAAUUAUCGAAAUUGUAUUUGAACUGGCCACUGGGGGGAUUAUGUACGAGUAUUUUGCUACAAUUU